AUGCUCAACGCACACCAUGACCGGCCUCCCUCUUCUUCAUCUUCAUCAUCUAACACGCGAGGGUCGCCUCUCUCGCAGUCACGCCACGAACAUCAUGACAUUCUCAAGAAGCGGAAGGCAUGUGAAGCAUGUCGCCGCAGCAAAACCAAAUGCGACUCCUCCAUGAACUCCAGGUGCUCCCGCUGCGAGAAGAUGGGCAUCUCUUGCACUCGGAACGAACAGCGAUAUAAAACCAUCUUGCGACGAGAGGCGAUGAUCAACCACCUCGAAGGCAAGCUGGAGCGACUGGAAACCCAUCUAAGUAGCAUCUUCGGCACGGGUGCGGAAGAGAUGGGUUCUUUGCCGGACACGCCUCCUGAUGACACCGGUCUACCUGUUGCGGAAACCAACCACCCCGGGUUGGAUCCUCUCGAUGAUUUCGAUAUCGAAGACUUUUUGGAUCAACAACAGCCAGUCUCUACAACCAUGCGCUCAGAUAGCGUUGUUCGUCCCGUGCGCGUGGAGAAUGGACUGAGUCUGCAUCAAGAGAGACCCCCAUGCUUCUACAUCCCCAGGUGUCUCAGCAACACAGGUGCGGGAUGUUUUUCGGUCUUGACGAAUGAAGGGUUGGACUGGAUAUCACAAAAGGCAGACUCGAGCCAUCUUGAUUUUCUUCUGGGCAGUGUGGCCUCCGAGCCUCAAUUGAGCUCUUUGUUGCCACCCAGGAAGCUAUUUGCCUCGUUCCCAAGGGCGGAGCUUUUGACGCAACUCUUACAUGACUACAUGGAGAAAUUCAACAUAACCCUCCCGGUAUUUACUCAGGCAGAUAUUGACUCAUUAUUUGCCGGUAACUACGCGGAUCCACACUUGCACGGCCCAGGCCAAUGGACCAGCAUUCAUGUCAUUCUGGCUGUCGCCUACAUGCUUCCAUCCACAAGAGGUCAGCCUGACCAUCAGAUCAGCUCACUCUUUAUGAAGGGCGCCCUGCAAGCUAUCAAUGAGAUUUUACUCGCACCUCCUGAUCUCUGGGCAUGCAAAUCGAUCUUAGUUAUGGCUGUUUUGUUCUUGUCGUUGUCUGCUGCUCACCCUUGUAGUUCGCUUAUCGCUAUUGCUGUGCAGAUCAGCAACCACUUAGACUUGGGCAAUGCAGGAUCCCUGUUGAGAUGUCCUGUCGAAGAGAGGCAGGACCGGCACUUGCUCUUCUUGAUGAUUUGUGCGAUGGAUAAUGAGAUAUCUUAUCGAUUCGGAGUUCCUCCAGCGCAGAAAGAAGACAUAUUUGCAGAGGUGUUGCAAAUCAGUUACCCCUCAAACGCCUACAGUGUGCCAAUAAGGAACGAAUCGGAUACCUUCAAUCUCUUCCAUCCCACCGCCGAGCUUGUGCAAAUCAGGAGCCAGAUUGUUCGACAGUUAUAUCUAGCUUCUGCGGUCAGCAAGUCUUUCGAUCAGUUACUUGCUCUCACAGGCGAGUUUGACCAAAAGCUUCAGGCGUGGUUGCGGAAACUUCCCCGCGAACUACAGCCUGGAUCCGGAGCAAAUCCACCAUUCCGACAACAGCCAGUGUUCCCGACUCUUCUGUUCAUCCAUUAUGCCUAUUAUGACUGCAUGAUCGCCAUCCACUCCUUAGUUGCCAUGAGAGGAGUAAACACCGCGCAGGAUCUUCUUGGCGGCCUGAGCCUUUCCACCUCACCCGGGUUCUCGGACAAUCCUCGUGUCCUGCUGUCCACGUCGCUCAUGUCGAAGGCUGCAAGAGCAUCCCUCGGCUUGCUGAAAUACCUACCACGUGAUGAUAUCAAUCUCGGUAUCGCUUACCACUACCCUUCUGUCGCGAUGAAGACGCUCGCUUCAAGCAUCAUACGCAGCCCGCAGCCCGCCUCGGAGAUAUAUAACCUGAAAACGCUCCACCAAGCAGAGUUGUAUUUAUCGCAAACGGCUCGAGACUCGACUCUUGAAGCGAUCCGGCGCUUAUCCAAGGCUUGCACCGACUGCUGCGCAGUUGCUCAACGGGCCAUGGACGCUGCAUGA